CGUAUUUUCUACCAUUUUGUUGUGGCUCGAAAGUGAACCCAAAACACCAACAUAACAACAACACCCCCCCAUACCAGAAGAGCCGACUCUAGAGCUUUGCCAUUAGAGCUUAAGAUGGUUGGUGGGUUGAGUGAGAAGGGGGUAGACACAUGAAGCCGCAAGAAUCCGAGCCCAAGGAAAUGGUGGGGGGCUGCUGCGUGUGCUCGGACGAGAAUGGAUGGACGGAGAAUCCCCUCGUGUACUGCGACGGCCAAGGAUGCAAUGUGGCCGUUCAUCAAGCCUGCUAUGGCAUAGUGACAGUGCCGACGGGGGCAUGGUUCUGCCGCAAAUGUGAGAGUCAAGAAAGGGCUGCAAGGGUUCACUCAGGCGGGAGGCGCAUUUUUUCGCAGAGGUGCGAACUGUGCCCGAGUAAAGAUGGGGCCCUCAAACGCACUGACUCGGGCGGUUGGGCGCACGUGGUGUGUGCGCUCUACAUCCCCGAGGUGCGCUUCGGUAAUGUCACCACCAUGGAGCCCAUUAUGCUCCAACUCAUCCCACAGGAGAGGUUCAACAAGUCUUGCUACAUCUGUGAAGAGAGUGGUAAGGAGAGUAGAGCGAUAAUUGGCGCAUGUAUGCAAUGCAACAAGUCUGGCUGCAAACAACACUUCCAUGUGACUUGCGCCCAGUCCAUGGGGCUCCUGUGUGAAGAAGCGGGCAACUACCUGGACAAUGUGAAAUACUGUGGUUACUGCCAGUACCACUUCUCCAAGCUGAGGAAAGGAAGUCAUGUCAAGACCAUUCCCCCGUACCGUCCUGUUCCCCUUGAGGCAGGAGGGUCAGAUGAAGAGAAGUCAUCAGCAUAUGAGUCUCGGGACCCUAAGAUGAAGAAAAGGACAGGGCGUCCACCAGGAGGGAGCAUCAAGCCAUCAAGUCGUGAGGGAGGGGGGAAAGUGGGGGACAUGAUGGCUUCUGCUAGUGGGAACUCUGGCUCUAGUGGUUCAGGGGACAGGCAUGACCGGGGUCAAGCGGUUGGAUCUGAUGGCCUCUCAGUGACCCCAGGGAGCUCAGGGGUUACCCUUUCCACUGGCUCAAACUCCAGUAUUCUACAAGGAAAAGUGGAAAGUGUAGCUAAAAUGUCUGAAUCCAGUCCCAUGAACAGUGCUUCCCAGGCUGUCAGUGUGGCCAAGUCGACGGCUGCCAUCACCGUCAGCGCAUACAGCUCAAACUCCUCUUCCAGUGCUCCCCCCCUCCUAACCUCAUCUAACUCCUCUUUCUCUACCUCCCUCACAUCCGUGUCCACCUCCUUCUCCCAGGUGGUCCCCCCUUCCACCACCACCUCCACUUCCUCCACCCCUGCUGCCUCCUCAAACACAUCUUCAUCAUCGCUCUCAUCAGCAGUGACCCUCUCAUCACAGAGUGCCCCUGUGCAAAGCUUGUCAUCCUUACAAAUCACCCCUGUGCCAUCAUCUGCCAUCACUAGUGCCCCCUCCCUCAGUCGUCCCAAGGUCCCGGAGGCACCCCCUCAUGUCCCUGUGUCCGGGUCCCAUGAGAGUCCCAGCCAGCUGUCGGCAGUGGCCAACCCCCCCCAGGCCAACAGCCAGGCACAUGUGCCAGUACAAAGUGAAGUUAGCAAGGACAAGCAGCAGGAGCACAACCGCAAGCUGCGGCGGAACGGGCCUCGCACACCCAGUGGGAAUAGCAACUUUGGGGACACAGAGUCCAUUGUCUCGAAUGAUGAUGCUCAGUCCAGUGAUCUUGUGCUAAAUAUAUGUGAGGAAAAGAACCUUAGUGCAGAAAAGGAAUCAAACAAAGUGCCAAGUAAACCUGUGGACUCCUCAGAUGAUGGUGGAAGUCUAAACGUACAGUUCACACCCAAUGUUUCUACGCUCUCAUCAAAGGCGAGCGACCCUUUUACGCCAACUGUUGCUGAUUUUGCACCUAACGAAAAUGUCAAGAGAGGAAGGACGAGUAGUCAGGACAGAGGUCGGAGAGCCAAGAGAGGCAUGAAUAAGCGAGGCCGUCCGGGUGGGGGUCGUGAUGGUGGAGGUCGUGAUUCUGGAGCAUCAUCACCCGACUCCUUCACCUCUGAGUCGGCUCCCCAGCCCAAACGGGGGAGGAAAAAGACAGAGAGUAAAGACAACCUGACAACUGUCAUCACCAAUGGUGUUGGCGCCAACACACUCCUUCUUGGAAACCAGCUGAACCCAGCAUCUGCAGUUGCUCAAAAGAUGACAGACACUUUACAUGCAGAACUUGAAGCACACUCCAUAUACAAGGAUGAGGAAGAAAAGAUGACCAAUCUCCUGGUUGGUCCAGCUAUACCAGGGAAAAAGGAGAAUCCGAAUGGGAGUACAAGUGCUGCGAAUAGCCAGCCGCCUCCAUUCCCGCAAAGUCUGGAGCAGUUACUAGAAAGACAAUGGGAACAAGGAAGCCAAUUUCUGAUGGAGCAGGCACAACAUUUUGACAUUGCGUCAUUGCUGUCAUGCCUGCAUCAGCUGCGCCAGGAGAAUGUCAGGUUGGAGGAGACAGUGAGCUCUUUGAUAGCCCGCAGAGACCACCUCCUGGCUGUCAACGCCCGCCUCUCCGUGCCACUCAACUCUCCCUCGACGGCUAACGCCAACGCUUCAUCCAAUGCCAACCCAGCCCCCUCCUCUGUGUCAGGCUCCUCCUCCUCCUCCUCCUCCUCAUCCUCAGCUCCCCCUCCCCAGCCACCCUCAGCAGCAACAGCCCAUGCCCCUAACCCCAGACCCCCCAGCAGUGGCUCAGCCCCUGCACCCCCACCCCCAAGGCCCCACUCGCAGGGCCACCAUCCCCCAGGAGGCAGCACACAUCCUAGUGGUACCACCCCAGUUGGAGGCAGCUCAGGCCACAGGGGAGCCUCCCCCCAUGACCGGCGUGGCCCAUCACCCCAUGAGAGGAGGGGUACCUCUCCUCAUGAUCGCCGGGGCCCGCCUCCACCCUUACCUGUAGAGAAUGGCCUGGGGGAACCAGAGUAUCGCUAUCGGAGCCCUGGGACAGAGCACAGACAACAGUCCCCGAUGCUGCCUCCUGUGACGCAUAACAAGAUCAGCCCAGUCCAACAUCUUUGA